AUGUUGUCCCCUCUCCCUUUGUUUGUCUCUUUGAUCGACGAAGUCUUUCUUUAUGGUCUUUUAGUGGAGUCCAAGGACCCAUCAACUUCCUUCCAUAGGACCCUGGUUGAAGGACCAAAGGAUUGUGGAUGGUUUCGAGAGGAAUCGUCCUAUAAAGGACUUUUUCGAAAGAAAGCGCCCGGAAUGAAGAAGGAAGUUGGUUACAUCAUUCUUUGUCAAUGCUACUCCUUUGUGUGGGAGAUUGCUUUCGAAGCCUAUACCGAUAAAAAGAGGAGGAUGAUAGAAGGCAGUGGGGCAUCUCACUAA